AUGGCUGCCAAUAACUCUGUCAUCCUCAAGCACUGGGCGCGAAUUAUCAAACAAUGGCCCGUCGACCGAGUCCGCCCAGCGCACGUCCACUUUCAAAAGGUCAUGCAGUCGCGUCUGCUGAAACUCCAGAACCCAGCUGCUGCUACGGCCAAUGUAAAGUCCAACGAUGCUCACGCGAUACCCGUCGAGCCAUUCAAUGAACAGACGGAGUUGAGACAAGUCAAUGCUCUUUACGCGCUGUUGGAAAACCGGUUCGAGAAAGAAUACCCUAUUCCGCAGCGAGUUCGGCACCCGAGAAGCAGUGCAUCGCACUACGAUGAUUUGGUAAAGGAGCUGGAUGAGGCUCCGAAUCGAUCGUGGAUAACAAACCUGUGGAAUCGUUUGAAAGGCUCUGUCCGGCUUCGAUGA